AUGGUUCAAGGUCUGAUGCAAGCAUUAGCAAUGCAGAUUGCAGCUUUAGUACAGCAAUUGCAAGAUUUUUAUGAAGGUUAUCAAGACCCAAUUACCUGGCUUGAAGACAUAGAGAAGGCAUUUGAUGCAAACAUGGUCUCUGACAAUUGA